AUUCAGUAUGUAGAACAGAUUAGUGUAGUUGAAGUGGGGAAGAUUGAGAGUUAUCCCAACCAGCCAGCACCCCCUACUCCCAUUCCCACACUUUCCCUCAUGGGAGGCUGCCAGGAGCACUUUGAAAACCACUGGAAAGGCCGGGCACGAUGGCUCAUGCCUGCAAUCCCAGCACUUUGGGAGGCCACAGGCGGAUCACCUGAGAUCAAGAGUUUGAAACCAGCCUGGCCAACUUGGCGAAACCCCAUGUUUACUAAAAAUAUGAAAAUUAGCCGGGUAUUAGAAUUAUUUCUGAAUUAUCAGUCUCUCAUUUGUGCUUUGGGGAAGCAGAAAAGGCAAAAGGGGUCUUUGGCCAUCUUCUGCUGGAGCUUUUAGGGAGGAUGUGUCUCCGAGAGACCAGAUGUGCCGAGUUUGAAAUCCCAGAAGCCCAAGAGGAAAAGAACCACAGGGAGGAAAAGACUGUCCAAAGGCUUCUGGAGUCUUCUCUGCUCCAGAGAGACCUUGGAAGGUUUUGAAUAAUAUUUCUCAGAGGAUGGCCUUUCACUUACUCAUCUGUCCAGCAUGACUCAUCCCCAGGAGUGUUGAGUAAGUGAAAUUUUGCUGUAUUCAUGUUUUUGUGACUUAUAAAAUAUGAUGAUAAGGAGAGAACAUGAACUCUGGAGUCAGACAUGUUAGCUCGGACAUGAUACUCUUGGCUUUGUCAUUUAGUAGUUGAGUAAUUUUGGGCAAGCUAAUGUCUCUGGUCUUUCUCAUCUGUAAAAUGAGAAUAAAUGAAAUCUACUAACCAGAAUUGGUAUGAAAAUGAAAUGUGGCAGAAAAAAAAUGAAAGUGAAUAGUAUCACUACUGACACACAGGCACUCAAGGCCCUUCCUGUCUCCAAUCAGGUAUAGAUUUGGGGCAACAUUUGGCCAGGUCUUGUUUAUCUUUCUGUUCAUCUCUUCUGUCUAAUUCAGUGCUUUGUUUACAAUGAAUGUCUUACAAAUGCUGACUGAACAACACUAGCAUACCUGCAUGAACAAUAGGUACAUAAAUUUUGGAUGUGUUUUAA